AUGGAUCAGGCUCACAACAUAGAGGGCUUCAUCCGACGCAUAGCUGGUACAAAUAAAAGUUUGACGGUUGUUACGGGAUACUUCAACAUUGGAAGUUUUCCUAAGGGGUCCAUUGCUAGUAUUAGAAAACCGAAAAGUUAUGAAAACUGGCUCAGGGUUUUAGGAAAAAUCAAAAACCCUGUCAUACUUUACACCGACAGUCCAGCUUUUGCAGAGGCGUUUGAUAAUAUUCGCAACCACACAAAAGACCUUACAAAGUCUGUCGUCAUCAAUCGAACAUCAUUAUGGAGUUUCCAAAUUAUUCCGAAAAUUGCAAAAUUGUAUUCCACUCCGGGAUAUCCCAAACAUUAUCCAAACACAUAUGUGCCAGCCUACACGGCGCUCACUCAUUCCAAAUUACCAGUUGUGUUAGAUGCAAUAAAUCAAAGCUAUUUCUUGACAGAUUAUUAUUGUUGGUUAGAUAUUGGGUAUUUUCGGGAUAUUUUGGCUAGAAAACAAUCGUUCUGGUUGGAAGUUCCAAGCGAUUUUGAUGCCACCAAAGUUGGUGUUACACGUGUAUAUAAUUCUAAACUCUCAGAUAUACGACCAAAGACUAUAAUUUAUGGAAAUUUAAACUGGAUUGGAGGAGGUCUAUUUCUAGGAAAGCCAGAUGUUCUUGUGAGAUUCGGUAAGCAAUACAAAGACACAGUGAUGCGAUACCUUAACGAAAGUCUUAUGAAUGUAGAACAACAAAUUUUAUACUCCAUGUUUACAACAGAGGAACGCAAAGCACACCCUUUAGACGUUGACGUACAAUUAUACAUUCCCGGAAGGAAGAAAGUGUUGUCCAACAAUCCCUGGUUUUAUCUUGGGUAUCUUAUGUACAAUGAAACAUAA